UCGAUUUAGACGGAAUCUGGCAAUGGAGAUCUACAGGUCCUCAGUUUUUUUAUUCAUCAUCGUAGUAUGCAUUAUGGGAAUACCUACCCAUGCGCAGACCGGAACAGCUACAACGCCUACAGUGAAUGUAACAGACGUAACGCCAGAAACUGCAGAGAACAUAACUAUUGAAUGGACCUCCACAGCAAGUGUUGAAGCAACAACGAUGGGCACAGAAGAACAAAAUACGACUACGAGACCAACGGGGACACCUACAAAUGCGAGUACAACAGCAGAUGGGGCAACCCCCUCUACACCACCAACUGGGACAACCCCGUCUGCAUCAGCAACUGGGACAACCCCGUCUACACCAGCAACUUGGACAACCCCGUCUACAUCAGCAACUGGGACAACCCCGCCUACACCAGCAACUGGGACAACCCCACCUACACCAGCAGUUAGAACAACCCCGCCUACACCAGCGACUAGGACAACCCCGGCUACACCAGCAACUGAGACAACCCCGCCUACACCAGCAGUUAGAACAACCCCGCCUACACCAGCGACUAGGACAACCCCGGCUACACCAGCAACGGAGACAACACAACCUACACCUUCGUCUAGGAUAACCCCGCCUACACCAGCAACUGAGACAACCCCGCCUACACCAGCGACUAGGACAACCCCGCCUACACCAGCAAAUGAGACAAACCCACCUACACCAGCGACUAGGACAACCCCACCUACACCAGCAACUAGGACACCAGAACCGCCUACAAAACUGGCUACGAAAGCACCUGGUAAUGAGACAGAGCCCACUAUUGAAACACCACGUGUGUUAUACAUGAACCUUUCUCAAUAAGGCAAAGAUGU